AUGCAGAUCUUCAAGGACAUUUUAAAUGGUAUGUAAGUAGAAUUAAAAUAUAUAUACAGGCAGAAUUCAAAUCUACAUUUUUUUCCUCCAGUUUAGUCUGAUUCGCUGAUUUUUCGAGACAUUCAAAAAAUUUUGUCGAUCAAAAAAAAUCACAGGUAAAAGAGCAAAAAAUAUUUAUUUUGACCAAAAAAAAUGAUUAAAAAAUAAAUUGGGGUAAAAGAGUAUAAGAAAAUAUAGGAUCGAUUGCUGAGAAUAAAAAGUCCACAUUUUCCCGAAAUAUUAUGGAUACAUUCCUCAUUGAUCAAGGAAAUUACUCAAAUUAUUUUGGGAAAAAAGCGUCUUUUCUUCGAAUCAAUCGAAAAAGUCGCAUUUUUCCCAAGGUAUUUUGAGACUUUCUUGAAUCGAUACAAGAAAUACUCGAAAAUUUUUCGGGAAAAAAUGCGCCUUUUUCGAUUGAUUCAGAAAAAAGUCACAUUUAUCCCGAAAGAUUUUUGAGAAUUUCUGAUCGACACAAAAAGUCUCGAAAAUGUUUCGGGAAAAAUGCGACUUUUUUCGAAAAGAUCAAAAAUUCUCAAAAAUACUUUGGGAAAAAUGCGACUUUUUUCGAUUGAUUUGAAAAGGCGCAUUUUUCCCAAAGGAAUUUUGGGACUUUCUUGAAUCGACAUAAAAUUUCUCAAAAUACUUCGGGAAAAGGGGGAUUUUUGUACAGAAAAGUACCAUCACAAAAAAAAACAAAAAAAAAUAAUAACUAGAAGAGUGAUAUGGGGAAAAUUAGCAUAAUUUCCUCCUUCGUUUGAUUUGUCUCGAGUUGCAGACGAUGUCACAUCCUUGGAAUUGAGCACCGACGAAUUGAGCAGAUUUCCUAGAAAAGUAAUAAUUUUGAUUUUGAACAAAAAUGUAAUUUAUAAGGUAAAAAUUUCCCACUACGGAGUGUUUUUUGUUAUAAUUUUUCGUUCGGGAAUGGACCUGAACAAUUGAAAAAAAGGGUUUUGAGGAUCCCGGUUCACAAUAAUUCAUGACAUGCACAAAUUAAAGAUUUUAAUGAAACCCUAUGAAAAUUUUGAAUUUACAAAAAGGAUUUUUUUCGAUUGAUAUUAGCCGUCUUAUUCGCUCCAUUUAGGCACGGUCUUUUAAAAGCCCGACUCGAGCUUCCUGAAAAUCCUCCAAAACUACAAUUCUGUUCUGUUCAAUUCAUCCUUCAUCGAAAAUUGAACAGAAUUCUCAUAUUUUAUCGAAAAAUACAUAAAUGACUAUUUUUACAAAAAUAUAAACACUUACAACAUUUCAUCAUCAUUCCAUCAUCGCAAAUCCAUCAAUUGUCCAUUUUUGUUCAUCUGUAACAAAAAAAUUCAUAUAGAACAUGUUUUUCUUCAAAAAAACAGUAAAAAACGUUUUGCAAAAAAAAAAAGAAAAAAAUAAAAGUUUGUCCGAGAGAAAUACAAAUGUGUUUGGUUUCCUAGUCCACGGCCACACAAUUGUCAGCACUUUCCAAUUUUAUUCGAACUGUUUGUGUUUUCACGUAUUUUUCAAGCGAAAACACGUUUAAUAACACAUUGAAAAUAAGUUUUUUGUGGUAAAUAGAUGAAAUACUACUUGAUUGACAUUUUGGUAUUGAAAUUUCAUCAGAAAAUGUGGAAAUUCCUCUGUUUUGAAGGAAAAAUUGUUUUUCAAUUCAUUUUUUCUUGAUUUGAUGUUUUCUUUGUCAAAUUUAUCUCAAAAUAGUCAAUUUUAAUACGCUUUACUCAAUUUCAGCGCAAAAGCUUGUUAUUUAUAGUUUUCCCUUGAGAUUUGUGAAUAUCCCAAAAUUACCUUGGGAAAAAUGCGCCUUUUCAAAUCGAUCGAAAAAAAGUCGCAUUUUUCCCAAAGUAUUUUUGAGAUUUUUUGAUCUUUUCGAAAAAGUCGCAUUUUUCCCGAGACAUUUUCGAGACUUUCGGAUCGACUCAAGAAAUUCUCAAAAGUAUUUCGGGAAAAAUGUGACUUUUUCUGAAUCAAUCGAAGAAGUCGCAUUUUUCCCGAAGAAUUUCCGAGUAUUUAUUGUAUCGAUUCAAGAAAGUCUCAGAAUACCUUGGGAAAAAUGCGACUUUUUCGAUUGAUUUGAAGAAAAGACGCAUUUUUCCCAGAAUAAUUUGAGUAAUUUCCUUGAUCAAUGAAGAAGGUAAGAAGAGUAUUUCAAACAAUAAAACAACAAAAGAAUAAAUCGGAUUGGUGGGAAAGUGAACGGGAAAAAAGGGACCAAAUGUCCCGAUUCUUGUGAAAUCAACAAAUCAAGAGAAAAAGUGGACAGCAUUCAAAAAAUGUAUAAAGUUUUUUGAACAAUGCGAAACACACGGGAAACUUGCGACAAAAGACCCUAUAUUUUGGUUAUUUCUAUACUCGAUCAAGAAAAAAGUGUAGAUUUGAAUUCUGCCUGUAUAUAUAUGUUCACCGGUUUUUCUGUAAAAGUAUAUAAAUGCGAUCUUAUUUUUGUUAUAGUUUUAAAAAUUUUCAAAUACUAUAUAACAGGUUUUAAAAAUUUAAAAAAAAAAAUCCUAUAUUACAGGUGACGUGCUCGCUUCUACCACUGCUCCAGUUAAACUUGUCGAUGGAUUUUUGUACGAAUUCGAAACAAGAUAUAUGCUCAAAACAAAUGAUGGAAGAUUUAUUCCCGAAGAUGAGUCAACUGAUGAUGACGAGGGCCAACUCAAUUUGGAUUUUGUUUUGAAACACAAUUUGCAACUUGUGCACUUUGAUUUACAUGAGUGUUAUGAAAAAGAAAGAAUAGAGACACUCAAUGGUUUUAUAGGACAUUAUUUGAGAAAAGUAAAAUAUGAUAUGCGUGCCAAACACCGCAGCGAAGAAGAUAUGAAUGAAUACAUGAAGAAGACUUCAAAAUGGAGUUCGGACUGGCAUACUGACGCUCGCAUCAAAAAGCUUCAAUUUUUCGUAGGUAUGUGAUUGAAAGUUUUUAUUUGUUAAGCAUGUUUCAUUCCCCUGUCUAAGAUAGUUUUUUCCUCAUAGAUCAAGAACUUUCUAACGAAGUUUCCUUGCACUAUUCUAGAAAUAAAAAAAAUUAAAUUAAUGAACGCAAUAGAACCGUGUCGACGGCGAUGAUGGGGUGAAUCAUACAAAAAAAUUGACAAAAAAACGGGAUCUUAUGUACUGACUUGAGCUAAGUUUCAUUCUUGUGUAAUUUUAAAGGGUUUUUUUACAGCCAGGUAUGACGGAAGCGUUGUGGUUGUUGAAGAAAGAGAAGUCAAUGGGAAAGAAACCUAUGUUGUGAUGCUUCCGAAGGAGGCUGUUGUUGUUUCAACAGAAUAA